AUGUCCAAAGAGUCCGCAGACCCAACUGUAGCUCUGGUGACGGGUGCCAACCAGGGCAUAGGCUACGAGAUUGCCAAGCGACUGGCAUCGGAACAUCCUGAUUACCACGUCUUCAUGACGGGGCGACGGAAGGAAGCCAUCGAGAAGGCAGCUUCAGGGCUCCAGGAAGCCGGUUUGAAUGUCGAGCCUUUAGUUCUGGAUAUCACAUCCGAUGACAGUAUUAAAUUCGCCGUCGACACAAUCCGCACAAAUUUCGGCCAUCUCGACGUCCUCAUCAACAAUGCUGGAAUCCUCUUGGGCAAGCCCGAAGACUCGAUCCGGCUGAAGCUCGCGACGGUCUACAACACCAACGUCUUUGGCUCCAUCGCCGUCACAGACGCUUUCAUCCCUCUCCUGCGCGAGUCUUCCAAAGUGAAGCGCAUCGUUUUCGUCAGCUCGGGACUGGGGAGUCUUGCGAUUCGGACGGAUCCUAGUCUGGGUCCGGUGAGGGACUUUAUCGAGUAUGGUUCCAGCAAGGCCGCGCUCAAUCACGCUGCGAUGACUUUCGCGUCUAGGUACAGGGACGACAAGAUGUGGAAGUUUAAUAUUUGUUGUCCUGGCUACUGCGCGACAAACAUGAACUCGUACGAGGGGCCUGAUGAGGCAUCACUGGGAUCGGUUCAGGCGGUGCACUUGGCGACCUUGGGACCUGAUGGUGCGAGCGCGACGUUUUCCAACCGACAUGGGCCGAUCCCGUGGUGA